AUGACGUCAAGGAACGCGGAGCAGGGCGAUCAGAGCAUGCGUACAGCAUGUCCAGUAUGCACACGGCUUCGCGCCAGCACUUGGCUCGUGAUCACCGUCCUUGCGCUCAGCGUCUACAUACUCGAACGCAGCAGGUCGUCCGCUCGCGCGCUGCGACGAAUAGAACCGCUCGCACACGGAGGCAGCCAGAAUGCUGGUGACAAGACUGCAUUUCUUGUUCUGUACGCCGGGCAUGUUGGCUCUUCGGCAUUUCUCGACGCUCUCGGACUGUUACCUGACGUCUAUGUGCCGGGGUUCGAGCCUUUGGACGUCGAAGGACUCGACGGACCGCGGAAGCUCGAUUGGAUGGACAACCUGUUUUCGAUCACGCAUGACGAUGGCUUCGAGGCGGGAACGUGGCUGAACGGGGUCUUGCAGCUUGGAGAGCCAUGGAGGCCGCGCGUCAAUGCCACGAAGGCCAUCGCAGUCGCCACCUCGAGCAGCACUCCGCACGCUGUGGGCUUCAAGAUGCGCCCGUUCCCUGGGCAGCACACCGCCUGGACCGGCAUGGACCCAUGGGCUCUCAGGGAGACGCUCGCUCGACACAACGUCAGGGUGGUGGUAAUGAUGCGGCGAAACGCCCUGAAGCAGGCGAUAUCGUGGCAUCUUGCCCGCGAUCAGGACAUCUCGCAAUUUGCGCGGGAGCCUGACAGCGCUGAGGAUCAAGACAUCCAGCUCGACGUCGUGCGUGUGCGACUGUGGAUUAAGUACGUGGAGCGGACGAACCUGUGGCUCGUCUCUGCCGCGCGCUUCCUCGGACGCCCGUGGCACGUAGUGUGGCACGAGGACUACAUUGCCGACGCCCAUCAGACCCUCAGCGACACCGCGUCGUUUCUGGGACUUCCAAGCGAGAGCAGGGCGAGCAGUGCAAUCGCAGCCGCCGUGGCGGCGCAGGCGUUCACGAAGAAGCGCAGCGACGACCUUGCGAGCGCUGGAUUCAACAACACAAGCGAACUGGCCCGCGCGUUCAUGACCGACUGGUGCUGGGAGCUCGGACCCCGCCUCUGCCCGCCUCGCAUUCCGGACGAACGUCAAGCUGACGACGUCCCACAUGGUCUGGCCGAUCCCGCUUCAGCGAUGAUGCGACAUGGCGACGUUUCGUUCACGGGCUACUGGGAGAUGCUUUCGAAAGAUAUGGAGGCUUCAACGCCUCUGUUCUCUGGCCUGUCCGCGCGGCAAGCUGCGAUGCAGUACGACACAGGCCGGCGGGGCCGUCUGCAGUCGGUGCGGGCGCGCCAGCGCGCUGUCAUCUUCAAACACGAGCACAAGGCCGGCGGUACGACACUGUGCCGCGUGGCGCGCCUCUUCAUGUCGGCUCCGACCGACAAGCUCCCGGGCUCCGCGGAGUGGGAUGCAAACUGCAUUCCGAUCGAGGCGUUCGCGCGGCCCGCGCCUCCGUGGGUGCUGACAGGAGAGCCCAGUCCGGCUGGCGAAGCCAACUCGAUGACGGGGGGCGCGUGCUGGUUCGGGCAGCUUGACCCUGCGCAGCAGGAAGCACUCACCAGGACCAUGUUUCCUGCAUUCGACUUCUUCGCCAGCGAGGGACCGCUCCCGGACGCAAUGGCGCUGGGCGCGCCGCACAGCUUCGUCACCAUGCUGCGGCGCCCGCAGGACAGGACGCUGAGCGCGUACCACUGGUGGAAGUCGAUGGUGGCGAAGUUCGGGCCGUACAACGCGCCCAUCUGUCACAGCUUCUGGGCGCCUCAGAACUCGACGUUGGAAAGUUGGCUGGAAGUGUUCCCCGACAACUGGCAGACCAGGACGAUGCUCGGGAAGGAAUGGCUCCUGGGUGCGGCGCGAAGAGAGAUCGGCGACGAGGACCUCCGCAACGCUGUUUGGCGCCUCCAUUUGUUCGACGGAGUUCUGCUCGUUGAGGACGUCGAGGGCUCCUCUGCACUGCUGCGGUCUCGGUUCGGAUGGGACCCCGCGGGGAUAGGGGGCGUCUCGGCCGAGCGCCCUGAAGAGUUGUUCGAGAUUUUCAGGCACGGGUCCAGACGGGACAGCAACGCCGCAGACGAGCUGCGAGGAAGCAAGGCGGCGGACCAGAUGCGCCGGUUGCACGAGUACGACGAGCAGCUGUACGCCUACGCGUCGCGGCUGCAUUGCCGGCAGUUGUCGCAAGACGGCAUCGAUAGCGCGUUCUGCGCGGAUUUGCGCAACGGGCACUGA